AUGAUUAAUGGUCAAGAGCAAGUAAUAGCCUAUUGGAGUAAAUGCUUGUCCAAACCGGAAAGGAAUUAUUGCGUCACACGUAAAGAAUUACUUGCUAUCGUAAAGGCCAUAGAACAUUUCCAUCAUUAUCUUUAUGGCAGAAAAUUUUUAUUGCGGACUGACCAUGCUUCUCUAACCUGGCGACUGAAUUUCAAAAAUCCCGAAGGACAAAUAGCCAGAUGGAUUCAAAGACUCCGGGAAUAUGACUUUGACAUAAAACAUCGUAAAGGCUCCUCCCAUGGAAAUGCGGCUGCUUUAUCCAGGAAGCCUUGUCCUGCACACUGCAGCCAUUGUUCAAGAGCUGAGGCUAAGUACGGUUUGGCGAAUCCGAAUAUCCGGCAAGUAACAUCUUCAACAUCAACUGAUCCAGAUCCGUGGAGUGAUGAAAACGUUAGAGAAGACCAAUCAGCGGAUCCUGACAUGAAAAAUCAUCCAGUACAAAACCCAAGUGGCAGGACAUUUCCAUUUUCAGCCCUGCAGCUAAAAGGUACUGGGCUCUCUGGGAUUCACUCCACUUCCGAAAUCUAG